AUGGCGCAUCUCCUCGCGACGUCGAAGGCAAAUCCCUGGAGGAAGGUGUCACCCACCUUAUGGUGGCUUCCUGUUGUGUAUUUGGCAUACCGGUGCAGCCAGACGCUCUCCGCGACCUUUGCCGUGAGCCUCGCAAGCUGUGAGGAGUUGCGGCAGAAGGUCGUAUGGGGCAGAGGCGGCGAAGCCCAGCUACGGGCGGCGGAGGGAGGCGGGGAUGCCCUGAAGCUCUGGAACCCCGGCCCGGCGAAGCUCAAGUCGCCGGCCGCGAAGCGCGCGCUGAAGAAUCUGCAGUAUGAUCCCUUGCUGGUCCUCUUCGAUGACACGGUCAAGGAGGAGUUCCGCAUCCUUGCCGCCCUGAAGCAGCAGCAGGAGCAAGCCGAGAGUAGAUCAGCCGGCCCGCCCGGGGCUGUCAGCGAGGCCUUCGGACUCGCUUCCUUGCGCAGGCGCAUUCUGCAGGUGAAGAGCCAGGAGUUGUUUCGGACUGCUGCAGAACUGCUCUACCUCAUGGUGGCCAGUAUGUUCAAGUAUCUGGAGGUGCCUCUGAUCCCUCCCCUCCAAGGGGGUGGGCUGGUGAAGCUCGACAUGAGCGGGGAGCAGCUGAAGGGGCUGACGGAGAUAUACUCCAUGGAAGCGUUGGAGAUGGUCAGAGAUCAUCUCUUCAAGAUUGUCGAUGUGCAGGCGCAGCCACAAGGCCCCAACGCCCCGACGCUGCGGAUUGCACUCUACCAGGCGAGCCAAGUCUACGCCAUGUCUGCAUUGUUCGGCUACUUCCUGCGGCAAGCCGAUAUUCGCUAUCAGCUCGACAAGCUGGUGUCAUUGGGAUCCAAAGAAGUUCCCCCUGAAGAAGACCAGCCCGAAGGCCGGCGAGGCCGCAAAAAGCAUCGGCGACCUGUUCCGCGGUGGAUGGAGCUCCAGUGGGUGCAAAGCGGGACGCAGUCGGAAGUGUCCUUGAAGGACUACAUCGAGCGUUUUGGCCCUGCGGAGCUGCGGCAGAUCAGGACAGUUGCUUCGGCAGAAGCACGGUACACGCUGGAGAUUCAAAUCGGGGCGCUCUUCGGCAACCUCCGAGAACUGAAAAGCCGACUGAUGAAAGCAGUCGAGGGUGCCCGCAACGAUGAGGAGGCUACGGAGCGACUCCAGAAGGCCGUGAUGUCGGGGAAGAUCCAGUCCAUCAGCGUCAGCUAUGAUAGCCUGCGGCGGCUCAUUUUGGAGGCCGUCUCCUUUGGCUCCGCCCUCUUCGAUGCGGAGACAGAGGUGAGCGGAGUGUACUCCUUAACGCCCACCGCAGAGCGGCCUGGUGCCAGCUUUGACGACUUGUGA